AUGCAGAGGCUUUAUGGCGUGCAUUUCAUUUCACCUCACACCGCUAAUAAAGCCUUGAAAUGUCUAAUGGAUAAGCAUCAACAUCAUAAUAGAUAUUUAUAUGUUUGGAAAAUGCACAAAUUAGAAUUUCAACAAUUUUCUACCGAGAAUGGAAUUUUCACAUUUGACACAUUCACACAACAUUGA